GCUAUCGUGAACAGGCCAAAGAUAAGUUGGGUAGCAGUCUGCAAAAGGUCUUGUUUUGCGUUCUACUUCCAAAUGGAAAAUUUUCUAUGAUCAUCUUUAUCUUGGUCCCCACCUACCCCACGUGCCCCUCCCUCAGAGACCGCUCAACACUUCAUGAAAGUCCCGUAAAUGCACCCACAGAUGCCAAUUAGGCCAAUCCAGAAAAUAAAAAAUAAAAAUGCCGCUAAAUCUCUCCUUGUACCUGGUCACCGACUCGACCCCAGCGAUCCUCAAGGGCCGUGACUUGUGCACGGUGGUAGAGGAAGCUCUGAAAGGAGGCGUCACGGUGGUCCAAUAUAGAGACAAGACCAGUGAUACAGGAGCUCAGAUAGAGAUAGCUAAGAAGCUACAUCAGAUUACCCGGAAGUAUGGGGUUCCCUUGUUGAUCAACGACCGUGUGGAUGUUGCUCUUGCCGUCGGAGCUGAGGGCGUCCAUCUCGGUCAAGAUGACAUGGCUAUUGAGCAAGCCAAGCAGCUUCUACCUAAGGAUGCCAUUAUUGGUAUCACCGCUUCCUCGUUAGAAGAGGCCCAGAAGGCAAUUGAUGCUGGCGCCGACUAUCUCGGGGUAGGGACCAUGUUUGCAACACCAACUAAGACUAAUACCAAGCACAUCAUCGGAACGGCCGGUACACAGGCCAUCCUUGAUGCCAUCUCGGACACAGGCCGCUCUGUCGGGAUUGUCUCCAUCGGUGGAAUCAACCUUUCAAAUGUUCAGCGAGUCCUGUACCAAUCCAAAGCCCCCAGAAAAGCGCUUGACGGUGUUGCGGUCGUCAGUGCUAUUAUAGCCGCGGACGACCCGAGGGCCGCUGCAGCUGAAUUUGCAAAACGCAUUGCCACCCCACCGCCGUUCGUGCGAAGCACAGCAGCUGCCCAGAUCCGCAAAGUCUCUGCGCUACAGGAGGAAGUGCCGAAAAUUGUUCAAAAGGUUGUGCAGGCGCAUCCCCUUGUACACAGCAUGAUCAACUAUGUUGUUGCUAACUUCGUUGCCAAUGUUGCCCUGUCAAUAGGUGCAUCCCCUAUUAUGGCCCCGCACGGAGAUGAAGCUGUGGACCUCGCUCAGUUAGACGGCGCUCUGGUCAUCAACAUGGGCACCUUGACCAGCGAAAGCGUUCCCAACUACCUGAAAGCCAUCAAAGCAUACAAUGAACGCGGUAACCCCGUUGUUUAUGACCCCGUUGGCGCUGCUGCCACUCACAUCCGACGUGGAGCUGUCAAGCAGCUCAUGGCGGGAGGCUAUUUCGAUCUCAUCAAAGGCAACGAAGGGGAGAUCCGACAAGUCUUUGGAAGUAGUGGCGUAACCCAGCGCGGUGUCGACAGUGGCCCAAGCAACCUGGACGGUCAGGCCAAGGCCACCCUGGCCCGGGACUUGGCUCGGAGAGAACAAAACCUUGUUCUCCUCACUGGCGCCGUCGAUUAUCUCAGCGAUGGCGAACGAGUUAUUGCUGUGGAGAACGGACACGAACUCCUUGGGCAAGUCACUGGUACCGGCUGUGCUGUUGGAAGCGUAUCUGGCUGCUUCAUAGCCGCUCAUCCAUCUGACAGACUUCUAGCUGUCUUGUCCGGCAUUCUGAUGUACGAAAUUGCCGCGGAGAACGCCGCUUCGAAGGAGUAUGUACGGGGACCCGGAAGCUUCGUUCCUGCGUUCCUCGACGAACUCUACGCAAUCCGCCAAGCAGCACUGAAGGGUGACCACAGCUGGUUCACGGGGCGGGCAAAGAUCCAAGUUAUCGACUUGUAGAAUGCCCCGGUACAUUUCGGUUUCACGUGAAUAUAAGAAAGUUCUUAGAAAUACUGCCGCUAUGUAUAAAGAGUCCGCUGUGCCUCCGAAUAGAACUUAGAUGCGUCCCAGCAGCGUAUUCGCAAAAAUAAAGGAACAUAAAAUCGCCUCUCAGUCCACCAUAGAUCCCCUCAUUUCUGCCUGACAAAUAAGGUAG